AUGAAAAAUUAGGAUGAGAAAAAAUAUAUAUUAGAUAGAAUCGGCACAGGCAGUACCAUGGCCUAAACUGGAUAACAAUCUCAAUUCUAGUAAUAAUUCUAAUGUGAAUUUAAUUAACCCACUUUUGGUAAAAUAAAAAAAGAGCAAAACUAUAAGAUCAAUAAUCGGUAUUAAAAACAAGAUAUAAAUGAUGACCCUGUUGAAUAAGAAUAGUAAAUGAGGGAUAAUCAGAACUUAUAAGAAAUAUAAUAAUUAUAAGAAAAAGAUGUAUAAACAAAACAAAAAAAAAUAAAAGAAGAUGAAUAUUAGAAAUUAAUUAAAUUUAAUGAAGAUAAUUACAAUAUUGAUAAUCAAUAUUUAGAACCUGAAUAAGAGUCACCUAUUAUGAAACCUAAAAAAGUCAAAGGAGACCAUCUAUACAUUGCUUGGUAUGAUAUAUUUGAAUUUUAGUUAGAUAAAGCCUUUUGGGGAAUUCUUAUUAAAAUAUCAUUUAUAAGAUAUAGCUCAUCCUUACAUUAAAAAGAGGACAACAACAAAAUGCUGCUUUUUUUCUGUGAAUACUAAAUAAUCUCUUUAUUAGACAUAAAAAUAAAAUAUUAUUAAAGUAGGCCAAGUGUUAUAUGAUGAUGCAAAUGAAGAUCAUUGUAACUUACUAUACUCAAUUUUCUAUUUAAUAUUCCAAUUAGAAAAACUAUCAAAAAGAAAAUCUUAAGAGAUCUCAAAUAAUAAAAUUAACUUAUUCUAAUUAUUAUAUACUUUAUCUUGUGUUACAUCAUUUAGAGAUGAUUUAUUUUAAAUUGGUAAAUUCGACAAAGAAAAGAUUGUCUCUAUUAUGUUUAUUUGUUCUAAAUACAUUUUUGAAGUCUUAUAAUAUGGAAGUUUAGAUCCUAUUUUUAAAAAUACUGAAAGUAAUGGAGAAACAUUCCAUAAUUUAAUGACUUGUAUUCAUAUGGGAGUAUUUCGAUAUAUUUCUAAUUCUAAUUAUACUUAGGAAAAAGAAAUUUAUUAAAAUUUAGAAAACAAAAGUGUAAAACAACUAUUAGAUAUUUGGAAAGAGAACAAAUUUAAAAAUAAUUGA